ACGCAAACUUCAUGAAAAUGGACUCGACGAAGCUGAGCGGGCCAGCCCCGGCCAGCCCGAGGGCGCAUUCGCCGGCAGUGCCAGCGUACGGGGCCACCGCGGACGGCAACAUCGACUACAUAAUCGGGGAUUACAUGGAAAGACUCGGAACCAGGCUGAACAUACUCGAGACCGAGCUUAAGUACGCGUGGAGGGCAUUGGAUCUCCUCAGUCAAGAGUACAUUAAAAUGUGGGAGCGGCUGGAGAAGCUGGAGGGUCUCCUCUACGAACAACAGACGGUGAUCAGCCAGCUGAUCGAGUUCUACGCGAGCGGCGGCAGCCACGAGACCACCAACACCGUGGAGGAGACGUUGGCCAACCAGCAGAGCACCGUGGGCGAGCUGGACGCGAUUGCGAAGACCAUAGGCACCUCGAUGAGCAUCGAGGAGACGAACGCGCUCAGGGAGAAGCUGGCACAGCAGGAACUGGCGAGGAUGCAUGGUCUGGCGCAAGAGAAUACAGCGGCUGCAGCCGCGGUCACCGACAUCCACAGGAACGUCCGGAACCUGGAAGCUCUGGAGACCCUCGAGGAGGAGUGCAACAUCCCCGACGAGGCCUUCUACAGGAGCUUGAACAACGCUUACAGAGAAGACUUGAUCUGCGGCGACACGUCCAGGCCCACGUCGCAGUUGGGGAUGAUCUGGGAGGAGGCCGAGGACGAGGACCUGAACGGAAAGAAGGACGCGGAGAUCUUCGAGAAGACCGCGACGAAGGAGACGGUGGUCGAGGAGCUGACCAGCAAGCCUACGAAGGAGGAGCUGCAGGAGUCGGUGACGAAGAAGGAGGAUGAGGCGGACGAGGACGAAGGCGAGGUGUUCAGCGCGGCCGAUUACAAGAGCUAUCGGGGGAACACACCCUGCGUCAGCGAGCAGGACCUUGCCCAACUGUCCAGGCUCAGCUCCAUCGACCAGGUCGCCCUGGAGAAGCUACACGAGCUGGACAGGCUGACCAGCAAGCUGCAGAAGGACUCGCAGAACCUGAUAGAGCUACAGUCCAGGCUGAUGGACUCACCGAAGAGACAGUACAGCUCCGAGGCCGAGGCAAAGCUGGCCGAGGAGGCGAGCAGCAUAGACGAGCAGCUCAGAAAGAUUUACGCGGAGACCGACGUGGACAGCUGGACGUUCUCCAAGAGUCCAGGUUCCACGGGCAGGUCGAUCUCCAGAGUCAGCACCGACAGCGGCCUGGCCACCGACGGCGACUUCACCACCAGGUCGAUCUCGCCCAGACUUACGUCCACAUCCAGGACGAACCUAGACUGCAUCUCGAGCACCUACACUCCGCCCAGGCUGGCUUACAGCGCCACCGUCAGAGAGAAGAGUCCGGAGCCGGUGAUCCAGCUGCCCAUUGACGUCGGAAGCUUCGCCAAAGGCUACGCGGAGAACAAGGAACUGACGGAUCUGAUGGUGGAGAGUUUCGUAGCCGUUACAUGCGCCUCGCCCACCAUCUACAGCACCACCGCCGACAAGGUUCCAUCGCCCACGCUGUCGGCGGGCAGCGUCCACAGCGUGCACAGCGUCCACAGCGCCCAGGGUCUACGAACCAGGCAAGACGGCUAUUUCGGCAGCGCGGCCCGACUGAACCUAGAAUUCCAAGAGAGUAGAACACCGCCGAGCCCGUCGCCCAGUUCGCCGCCCCCGCCAGCCCCCCAGGACUCCGCGGAGACCUUCCUGAUGCCAGGCACCGAGCAGAGAGAGGCGGACGCCAAGACCUCCCAGAGCCCCACGUUCCUCAGGAACGCGGAGAAGCUCGUGUCCCUGGAACAGGGUCGCCUGAGCCCGCGUACCCCCCACUCCCCCAAGUCGCCACGAGUCUCGCCUAAGCACGCUGCCAAACCUAGCUGCGUGGCGAACAUAGUCGCGGCCAAGUCCGAUUCCGGCCUAUCGUCCAUGAGCGGAUGGAGCAGCCUGGAUAAGUCGCCCAGUUCCCCGAAGAGCUCGCUGGCCAAGAUGCUCACGUCCUACUCGGUGGACCAUGCCAGGACCAGCCUGAUCCCGAGCACAACGUCCAUCAGAUCCAACAGCCCAAUACCGCCCCUGCCGGAAACCACCGUCGCGGUGAUCACGCAGGAACCGUUGUACGACACUCCAGAGGGCAGAGACGCGUUCGCCAGCGUCAACGCCGCGGUCACCAGCCACUCGUUCGCCGCGACCAUGAACCAUCUGUCGUCAUACACGUCCAUGAAGUCGCCUACCACCAAGGAAGACUACAACUUUGUGCCCCCGCCAGCGCCCAUCGCGACGACCUGCCAGAGCCCCAAGAAACGAAGUCGUCAGCAGACGUUGCAGCACACCUACGACACGGUGGCGCCUGGUUGCACAUUGGAUUACGUCUACAGGGCGGACCAACCGGCCAUUUACUCCGUGGCUGGUAGUAAUCGACAGCACGCCAUUACCAGCGUGUACACCAGCGGCUCUGGGACCUACGGUCCGAAAGCCACGACCACGGUUUAUUAUUCAAACUCCAUGGAUCAAUACAAUAUCUACGAGGACGACUUCAAUCUUGUACAAUACACGGAAUCUGGCGGAGUGACUCACAUCAAGAAACCCGUCAGGGCUGCCGCGUUCUCGAUGUUCCCCACAGGGAACAUCACCGAUGCUUUAUCUUAUUACCCAACGAACGCGAACUUGCCGCGAACAGAAACGAAGGAGAGCUCGUGGCUGAACUCGAUGGAGGAUCAGAUUCCUCACGACUCGACGUCCUCCAGUAUCAGAUCGUUGACUUCGGACGGCAGCUAUGCUCAAAGUCCCUACACGGACAGAAGGUACCCUCAGCCGCCUUCCUACCAGAGUCACCAGUACCACCACACUUACGUGAACCAGAGCUACCCGCAGACCUACCAGCAACAGUACCAACCAUACAGUCAGAGGCUGAGCAGCACCGAGAGCGCGCAACUCACCGAUGGCUACCAACGACAGUGGCAACAGGAGCACCAGUACAUGCAAAACCAUGAAAGCGGAGGGGUGCCCAUAGAACAAUCCCAGCACCAACAAGGCGAAUACUACGAUGCUUCUAGUGUGAUAGUGUCCCAAUCGGGAUACAUCAGCAUCGCUUCGAACCUGAAGGACCACGAGGCGGAGAACACCAAGGUGCAGAAGAAGAUCAGAAGAGGCUCGUCGUUGAAGAACGCGAUGAGCUCUAUGAGCAACUGGCUGCCCGACUUGCACCUCAGCAAAAGGCACAGGAGUCACUCGUUGCCCGGAGGGGUGAGACGGGAGGACCUCGAUCAGCCUCAGGAUCAGCAACAGAGGGCUGCCGCGGAGGCUACGGCGGCCAGAGGUCGAGGUAGAAGCCAAACACCCAGGAAGAAGAAGAAACACACCCUCGUCUCUACCGUGUCGGGGAUCCUCCAGAAAGCCAAGAGACGUAGCCAUCAGUCCCAGUCACUCUCCGAUCCCGAGCAAUCCGAGACAGAGUGGAGCAGCGGCAGACAGAGCGGCCUCUCGGAGGACGAGGACAGCGUGAUGUCUGACGCGAACCAGGACCAGCCUCUGUUCGCCAAAGUGAAGACAGCCAGCACGAAACGCAGGGUGGUGUCUAUCCCGAUUCCCUUAGAGCCUCACGAGAUGCAACAGAUGCCGCAGCAGCAGCUCGAGUACAUGCAACAGCAACAGAACCUGCAGCAACAGCAGCAGGCCCUUCAGCAACAGAUCCAACAGCACCAGGAGCAACUGCAGCAGCAAGUCCUUCAGGACGGUUGGGGCAAAGAGAAGGAUCAGAGGAAGGACAUGCUGGUGGAUCACGAUAUAGGCGAUCAGAUUUGUGGAUUCGAGGAGGAAACGUCGGGAAAGAGCACUGGUUCUGGAUCUGGAGGUUCGUCCAUAUUCCAAACCGUCGGCGACAUCAAACGAUCGACGGGUAGUUCCGACGAGGCGCCCAACGAGAAAGCCCCGAAGCUGCCUCCCGUGACGCUGAUGGCUGGCACUAGCAUGGAGUUCGCGGUGUCCAGGGCUCUGGGCAAGUAUCGACAGAGACAGUCCUCGACGGUGUCCGACGAACAGCCGCCCAGCGAGGAUUCCAACAACGACAAGAAAUCCGAGGACGGGACCGUGCAGACCCUGGAGACGAGCUUCGAAUACCCGGAGGACAUGUCCGAGAAGAGCGAGAAGAGCGAAAAGUCGAGCAGCACCAGAUUGCCGGAAUUGGUGACCAGCAUAUCGGAGGAAGCGCCGCCGUCGGAAGGUAGCCCGUCCGCGUCGAGCACGAGGGGUCAAACGUCGGGCAGCCGAUUCAUGCCACGUCACCAGCAAUCCCUCGAGAUUCCGUGGACGGGGUCGCGACCCAGCGAGUUGGACGAGGACAACCGGAGCACGCAUUCCUAUCGUAGCACGUCCAGGGUAUCGUCCAGGCGACAGAGCACCGAGGAUUCGAUUGAUUCCGAGGACGAGUGGUACCGGUACGAGCUGAGGAAGCUCGAGGGGCUGGAGAUGCAGUCACAGACGGAGGUGGAGAUGGAGGUGCCGGCUGAAGGGUCGGAGGAGGCCGAGCACUAUCAGCCGGACGACACGGUCAAGGAGAAGAUGUCGUUCGUGCUGAAGGAGCUGAAGAUGAAGGCUACCACGAAGACCAAGGAGCCGCCGAAGGAGGAGCGGGAGGAAGCGAGGAUGCUAAAGGUGAACGGAACGGUGACCAAGGAUCGUCGAGUCGAGGAGAGAGACAAGUACGAGAAGCCUAUACCGAAGCGGAAGUCCGCGGAGAGCAUCGAGGCGGUGUUCGCGAGGGUGACGGAUUACCACACCUGGGUGAACGAGGAGGAAGCCAAGAAGGAGAAGCCGCCCUCGUCGGUGGAGGAGGGCUCGUCGGGCGAGACCUCGGGCCCCGACAGCCCCGUGCAGUCGAUGGACGAGGAGGAAGAGGAGGAGCUGCCCAAGGAUCUCGAAGAGGAACAGUCGAGGCGCAGUUCGAGUGGCUCGAACCUCCGUCACGGCGAGAAAAUUCAUCCGGGAUCGGAGUCCCUUUCUCGCGAAGGUAGCGUAAGUGUACCACCUAGCGAGGUGUCCGUCAGCAUCCCGGGUGCUUGGGAUUCAGAGAGCACUGUCCUUGAAGGCCUCGAGCGCGACGGAGCCGGCAGCGCCGAGACAGCCACCACGGCGACCUUGAGCCUACCGAAAAUAAAAAUCGAUUCCUCGUCCUGCGGUAGCUCCGACACUACACUGAAGGAGGGCCAGGUGAGUCCUGGUCCGCCUGGAUCGAAGUGGAAGCUACUGAAAGCGUUAAAGGAACGCAAGGCCGAGGAGAAGCUCAAGGAGGUCGAGGAGGCCUCUAAGGAGACUGCUAUUCCCCAGGGACCCACAGCAAACGGCAGCGGACCUGGAGGCGAAUCCGGCGGACGGGGGAACGGGCAUCCUGGAGACAAUCCUUUCUACAGCAACAUAGACAGCAUGCCGGACAUUCGGCCGCGCCGAAAAUCGGUGCCAUUGGUCUCCGAGCUGGUCUUGAAGACAAUGGCGGUGACGAAGAGGAACGCGGCUGGUCUGAGAUCGGCGGUGCCCAGAGCGACAUUGAACGACGAGGAGCUGAAGAUGCACGUGUACAAGAAAACGCUGCAGGCUAUGAUCUACCCGAUCUCCUCGACGACGCCGCACAAGUUCGUUACCUGGACGGCGACGUCGCCGACCUACUGCUACGAGUGCGAGGGUCUUCUUUGGGGCAUCGCUCGACAAGGGGUGCGGUGCACGGAGUGCGGUGUCAAGUGCCACGAAAAGUGCAAAGACCUGCUCAACGCGGACUGUCUGCAAAGAGCGGCCGAGAAGAGCUCGAAACACGGGGCCGAGGAUAAGGCGAACAGCAUAAUCACGGCCAUGAAGGACAGAAUGAAGCAGAGGGAACGAGAAAAGCCGGAGAUCUUCGAGCUGAUCCGGUCAGUCUUCGGGGUCGACGAGGACGCACAUACGGGUCACAUGACGUCGGUGAAGCAGUCGGUUCUGGACGGUACCAGCAAGUGGUCCGCGAAGAUCGCCAUUACAGUGAUCUGCGCCCAGGGACUGAUCGCGAAAGACAAGAGCGGCACGUCUGAUCCGUACGUGACGGUCCAAGUCGGUAAAGUGAAGAAGCGCACCAGGACGAUGCCCAAGGAAUUGAAUCCGGUUUGGCACGAGAAGUUCUACUUCGAGUGUCACAACUCGUCCGACCGAAUAAAAGUGAGAGUCUGGGACGAGGACAAUGACCUGAAGUCGAAGUUGCGGCAAAAGCUGACGAGGGAGAGCGACGACUUCCUGGGGCAGACGAUCAUCGAGGUGAGAACGCUCAGCGGCGAGAUGGACGUCUGGUACAACCUGGAGAAGAGGACGGACAAGAGCGCCGUGUCCGGGGCGAUCAGGCUGCACAUCAGCGUGGAGAUCAAAGGCGAGGAGAAGGUCGCGCCUUACCACGUGCAGUACACCUGCCUGCACGAGAACCUCUUCCACAGCCUCUGCGAAAAGAACGACGGUGUGGUGGGCCUGCCCCAGGCGAAGGGCGACGACGCCUGGAAGGUCUACUUCGACCCACCCGGGGAAGAACUCGUCGACGAAUUCGCGAUGCGAUACGGCAUCGAGAGCAUCUACCAAGCAAUGACACACUUCCACUGCCUAUCGACGAAGUACCUCUGUCCAGGCGUACCAGCAGCGAUGUCAACCCUUCUGGCGAACAUAAACGCGUACUAUGCCCACACCAGUGCAAGUUCCGCUGUUUCUGCUAGUGAUAGAUUCGCCGCCAGCAACUUCGGGAAAGAAAAGUUCGUGAAAUUGCUGGAUCAGCUGCACAACUCUCUGCGGAUAGAUCUGUCGAUGUACAGAAACAACUUCCCGGCGUCCAGCCAGGAGAAGCUGAUGGACCUGAAGAGCACGGUCGAUCUGCUGACGAGCAUCACGUUCUUCCGCAUGAAGGUUCAGGAACUGUCGAGCCCGCCCAGGGCGAGCAUCGUGGUGAAGGACUGCGUGAAGGCGUGCCUGCGAUCGACGUAUCAAUUCCUGUUCGAGAACUGCUACGACAUUUACAACAGGGAGUUCCAGGUAGAUCCGAGCGAGGGGAAGAGGGACGCCGACGACCACGGACCCCGUUUGGAGUCGCUCGACUUCUGGCACAAGCUGAUCGCCUUGAUAGUAUCGGUGAUCGACGAGGACAAAAACAGUUACGCGCCCGUGUUGAAUCAAUUUCCUCAGGAGCUGAACAUCGGUCAACUGUCGGCGGCCACUAUGUGGUCGCUGUUCGCGGUCGACAUGAAGUACGCGCUGGAGGAACACGAGCAGCACAGACUGUGCAAAUCCUCGGCCUACAUGAACCUCCACUUCAAGGUCAAGUGGUUGCACACCAACUACGUGAAGGACGUGCCCCCGUACAAGGGUGCGGUGCCGGAGUACCCGGCGUGGUUCGAGCCGUUCGUGAUGCAGUGGCUGAACGAGAACGACGACGUAUCACUAGAAUAUCUCCAUGGUGCCUUCAACAGAGACAAGAAGGACGGAUUCCAAAAGAGCAGCGAGCACGCGCUCUUCAGCGUCUCCGUCGUCGACGUCUUCACUCAGCUAACCCAAUGCUUCGACGUAGUCUCCAAGCUAGAAUGUCCCGAUCCAGAGAUUUGGAAGAGGUAUAUGAAGAGGUUCGCGAAGACCAUCGUGAAAGUGUUGGUUGCUUACGCGGACAUCGUCAAGAAGGAGUUCCCGAGUCACCUGAAAGAAGAACGAAUCGCCUGCAUUCUGAUGAACAACAUUCAGCAGCUGCGAGUGCAACUAGAGAAGAUGUUCGAGUCGAUGGGUGGCGAAAAACUGGAAGAGGACGCAGCGAAUAUUCUGAAAGAGCUUCAGCAACAACUGAACGGAGCGCUGGACGAUCUGGCGAUGCUAUUCGCGAAGAGUUUGGAACCAAGGAUAACUGCUUCCGUAAAAGAGUUAGGAGACCUGUUACUGGCCAUCAAGGGCGGCGGACAGGUGCAGAUGUCGCAACCUGCUCAAAGGAACAACGUUGCCGUGGAAGCCGACGAAGUACUGCGACCAUUGAUGGUUCUGCUCGACGGAAGUCUGUCAUUAUAUGCUGAAUCUUGCGAGAAAACGGUGCUGAAGAGACUGCUUAAAGAACUGUGGAAGAUCGUCAUGAGGAUUCUGGAGAAGACCGUCGUGCUGCCGCCAAUGUCGGAUAAGAGUAUGAUGUUCAAGAAUCUGACAGACAACGCGAAGAAUCUGGCGGCGAAUGCGAAGAUAGAAGACAUGUCGAAGCUGUUUAAGAACCACAUGGCCGGCAAACCUGACGUGAAGAACGCAUUGAGCGGCGUAAUGGAUAUUUCCAAGGAAGUAGAGAAAAACCUUUCGCCGAAACAAUGCGCGGUUCUCGAAGUCGCCCUCGAUACCAUCAAACAGUACUUCCACGCAGGCGGAAACGGUCUGAAGAAGACGUUCUUAGAGAAAUCGCCGGAACUGCAAAGCUUACGAUAUGCUCUUAGCUUGUACACGCAGACCACGGACACCCUUAUCAAGACUUUCGUCACAUCUCAGGUCAAUCAAGUGCCGCUGAACACUGCGUCAAAGCUACGUCAGCGUCAGCGUUCGAUGAGCAGCGAGAGAGGUGGUGACGAAGGGGACGGAGCCGAGGGUAUGGAAAGCCUCGAGGAACCCCUUCGCCAGAGCAAGCCCUCUCUACGUCGAGAGAGUCGACAAGUUCCAGAUACCGCGGGCUCGGAAGAAGGUUCCGUGGGCGAAGUCAGCAUUCAGGUGGAUCUCUUCACGCAUCCUGGUACUGGCGAACAGAAGGUCACCGUCAAAGUCGUCGCUGCGAACGAUCUGAAGUGGCAGCUCGCCACCGGAAUGUUCAGGCCGUACGUCGAAGUGAAUCUGAUCGGGCCUCAUCUGACCGGGAAGAAGAGGAAGCAGUCGACGAAGUCGAAGAGCAAUAACUGGUCGCCGCAAUUCAACGAGAGCUUCGAUUUCAUGAUCGGCAACGAGCAGCAACAACUAGACUUCUACGAGCUGCACAUAUGCGUGAAAGACUAUUGCUUCGCGAGGGAGGACAGGCUUGUCGGUGUGGCGGUGAUGCAGCUGAAGGACAUCGUCGAGGAAGGCUCGUGCGCCUGUUGGCUGUCGCUGGGUAAACGGAUCCAGAUGGACGAAACGGGCUGGACGAUCCUGAGGAUCCUCUCGCAGAGGAACAACGACGAGAUCGCGAAGGAGUUCGUGAAGCUGAAGAGCGACAUCAGGCAGGAAACGCCUCUGCCGAAUCCCACCUGAAGCUCGGGGACACAGCGUUAAAGCCGACAGCGAAGCGAUGCGUCCUUCGAGUUUGGAAAGAGCUCGGAGGUGGUGAAGGAGGUGCAUUGUCCACAGAGGAAACCAGAGGCGUUCGGGCGUCGUUGUUGAGAGAAUACACGAGGUCCUUGACGAGCUACACCGAAAGUCACACACGAAUCGAGAAACAAACGCGAGAUACACAAAAAUAUACACACACAGACAAGAGAAACGCCGGCGAGAACGACCGGUCGAAUCCAUUCGGUUUCGACGAGAAACAAGUCUCGGGAACGAGAGAACGCGACACGCGACGUCUUACGUACCGUUCCCAUCGGUCGAGCGUGUUCUUCUCUCUUUUUUACGAAUCACAGAGCUUCAGCCCCCGUCCCUACUAAAAAACAAGGAAAGAAUCUACGAAAUUAUCGGACGUCCGGACAGACGUCUCCCAGGAACGGUUUCGAGCGAACGCGCCCCGAAACGUUCGUCCAAACGGGGUACGCGAGAAGAGAGAGGGACGAUCGAGGAUGAUCGCCCACCGGAGAGGCACAGAAACGACAGAAGCUCACAGGACGGUGAUUGGUGAACACGGAAGAAUACACCGGACUCUUAUUCGAUUAAGUGCCGCGAUGAGGGAGGAUACGAGAGCCCUCGGGGUAUUGGGAGAGUGUUCCGAAUAGACGCGAAACGUGAAAACAGUGCUGCCAGUACGCAAUAUAUUUGGUAAUAUUCGUAAUGUAAGGGACGAGGAGAAGGAGUCGAAUUAGCC